GAAGACGAAGACGAGUACUUCCUCCCCUUACAAGACCAGCGCGUCUUCGGCGCCGGGAUCCGUCGCAAGCGCGUUCCCUUCGUGCGGUCCUCUGAACAUGAACUCUCCACUACCAAUACCACUACCACUACCUCCCUGGUAUCAUCUGGAUCAGAGUCUACGUCGGCUGGAAAAAGUAUAGCGGAUCGGUACCUGUCGAUUGUUUUGGCGGGGACACCACAACCACAACCACAAUCACAGACACAGAGAGACUCAGAGUCGCAAUCGCAAUCACAACAUACCCAACCAGCCCCAAGCACCUCCCCAGAAACAAAAACAGAAAUGUGCCCCAUCUGCAACCUCCCGAUCCACUCCUCCACAGAAGAAAGAACAACCCCCCACAACCACCCCCACGAAGCAACCCUAAGCCACCAACUCAGUCUCCCGCAUUCCCACCCCCCCUCACAUCUCGAUCGCACGCGCCCUGGACUACGCUAUCUCGCUGCCUAUGGUUGGGAUCCUGAUAAACGAGUUGGUCUUGGGGCGCCUGGUCGGGAGGGUAUACGGGAGCCGGUGAAGGGGAAGGUGAAAGAGGAUACGGUGGGGUUGGGGGCUGUUGUGCCGGAUGUUAAAGAUAAGGGGAUGGGGAAGGGGAGGGUGGAGAAGAAGUUGAAUGCGAAGGAGGUGAGGAAGAGGCAGAUGGCAGAGAGGAGGAAGGGGGAGAAAAUGAGGGAGAUGUUUUUUAGGAGUGAGGAGGUGUUGAAGUAUUUUGGGGAG